AUGCUUGGGCGUUGGAGCUUUUCUCAUGUGGCUGCAACGGCGGCUAGCAUCCGCGGAACGUCGCCUGAUGCAGCAGACUCAAUGUCGCUCCCAUCAAUGAACGAUUCCUUCACAGUUCUGGACACUGAUCCUGUGUACUUUUCGGACGGUGAGCUGGAAGCCAUGUGUAUGCAAGCGAAUGAGGAACAGAGGACUAUGUUACAGAAUGCGAAUGGAAUGACAGUCGAGGGAGAGAAUGAUUCGCUAGACAAUGAACGGCGCCAUGAGACAGAAAGUGUCCGCAUGACAACCAACAGCGCCGACCAUCGUCAAAGUGUGUCCACAACCGAAUCGCCGCGCGAUAAAAUCUGGAAGAAGUGUUUAAUGCAACAGCAUUCUGGCAAUGCGAUACAAAAUCCUCUCGCAACUUCUACACCAGCACUCCAGGCUCUAAACUACGGUACUUCUAGACCCAACACAAGUCCUUCCACCCUUGCUUUCGAUAAUGGGUCGCCUCGGUAUCAUCGCCGUGCUCGACGUCGCAGCGAAUCAAGUUACGGAAUGAAUACGUGGAAAAAGCGAUACGCUCACCACGUACUCUCUCCGGAGCAUCACCUAUUAGGAACAGCCGCUUCCAAAUCAAGGCAAAAUUCGAGUUUUUCCGGUACCGACAACCCGGAGCAAGGCUUGAAUUCGCAACGUCAACUGUUCUCCUCCCGUGAUUUUCCAAGCCCCCAUGAGCAGCGCUUUGAUUUCUACAUGGGAAGUUCGAUUAAUGCAUCUCCACUUCGUCCUUCACUUCCCACGCCACCAUCACCAUCCACUAUAUCAGACCAGUCAACGAGAGAAACGAGCUCGCCGCCACGCUCUGUAUCGGAAAACCAUAAGAAACCAUAUUGUAGCAAUACCAACACCCAAGAAAAGCUGGCUGAAGCAGCUCAUGGGUCAUUGGUCUUGCCUUUGUCGCCAAAAGACGAGAAUAUUGUAACAGCAAUUCCGCCGCCUGUCGAAGCCACUACACCAUCCGGGAAGAUGACCACUCCCAGACAGGCGAUGCACGCUUCGCUAACACAAGAACAGGCUCUCGUCAUUCAAGAACCAGACAGCAGUCCAAAAAGACCUGCGACUGGCCCGUAUUCGUAUCCGGAAUCAAUACCUAAGAAAAUUGUGAUAGUGCCCCAGUUUGAUGAUCAUGAUGAUGACGACCAUCACCCGAUGCUCACGUCGUAUGAACCGUCCAAUGGGGAAGAGGUACAAAGGGAUGCAGAGCCGAACAAAUCUUCGUCGAUUCCCUCGAGAGCAACACCGACGACUGGUACAUUGCUUGACCUUUACGAGGCGCCAGUCCUAGCAAAGGAGUUCUCAGUUGCACUUGUCGAGCCUGUUCUACCUACAGUGAACAGCGCCAGUGAAACAUUUCACUGUUUGACUCCAUCGCAAAAUGAACCGCCAGCACGAAAUGUCUUGCAGACGGAAUCAAUGAUAGCAUCCUUCCAUACCUUUGACUUGGACAAGAAGCCUAAAAGGGUGGCUUCUCCCGAUGAGCCCAUAGCCUCACCGAGAUUGAAAGCGACAGCCAGGGCACCAUUGCUGACUGUGAGUGUUUCAUCAGAUCUCCCCGAAGAAAGUAUAUCCCAGGCACCUACAACUGUAUCCAAAAAAUCAUCAGACCCGUUCGAAUGGGCUUAUGACAUCUGGCGAGGGAAGAACUUACUCCUGCCCAAGAGUGCCGUGCGUCGCGACCCAUCGUUUACAUCGCCUUGUAAAAUCGAAACUUCAGAAAAUGAAGUCUGCAUCGAGGACGCCCGCGUAUCUCCUCGUUCGACGCCGUUUUUGCUCCCUCUUGAGACCAUCGUGCCCUCUACAACACCGGGCAUUUCGACGUAUCCUUGUCCAAAUGCUGAAGCAGUUUAUUGUUCAGCAACACCGGUGAAGGGUGAAAAGGCCUUUGCCAACGUCUUACAGGGAUGGAAAACGGUCAGUAACGAGAGACCUUGCACUCAGUUUUUGUCUCCAGAAAACAGCGUGAUAUUCAGUCAAACAAAGGCAGGCAGCGCAGUCCUACCUUGUGCAAAUCUUGAACACACGAGAUUAGAUCCGAAAGGCAAUGAUACAGAAACGCUCACUUAUCCAGCAUCGACGCAGUCGCAUCGCUCUUGCAACAAUAUCUCUACUCCGCUCUCCAGCACUGGCAAAGCUUCGAUUUUAAAAUUGGAAUGCCGUCAAGGAAAUGGCUCCUCGGAUCCAAUAGUAUCUAGAGCGAUUACAGUGACUGAUGACCAGAACAUGCAGUUCCACAAUGAAGUUGGCUCUAUUUUGUCCCCCAACCUGGUAUCGAGCGCACCUUCUUUCUGGGACAAAGCGAUUGAAGCAAACGAUCCCGCACAGAAUGCGCAAGACCAAAUAUUUGAUCUUGCCAAAACAACGUCGACAUUACUUCUAUCCUUACCAGGUACGACAACAUCAUACUCCGAAAAGCAUUCUUUCAAAUUGAAGGAGGGAUCGACUUCAGGAGAAGCGUUGCUGAACGAUCAAAGUGAAAACUUUGGUCAACCAACUGACAUUUUGGAGAGCGACUUAGGCAGUGCAGUGUGUAAGAGUUUGGAUCUCGCGUACCUCAAAAGUGCUACAUGUGAUGGAUCAAUACCGUCAAAAGCCAUUCGCAAGAGCCGACAUAGUAUCGAUCACAGUCUCAUGGUUGUGGGCAAUAAGGCUCGAUUCAAGGGCAAGCAAGAAGCGUUUGAUGACGCUGUCUCCGUCGGCGAAAGCACAAUAUCCUCAAUGACUUCGUGCACAAGUCGUGUCGGAAACAUUGAGAGCCGAACGAGAAUUAGAGAUAAAAUCAGGAAAGUCAAUGCGAAAAAAGACUUGUCUUCAAUCUCUCCAGGUGCGGCAAAAAGCCGUGACACUUCGUCGACUCAAGCCGCAAAGAUUAAAGAAGUCUACAGGAAGAAGCGGCUGGUUAUGCGACAAAGUAUGGGCCAAUUGUCUGAGGCCUUACCAAAUCGACCAAUGGAGCCCUCGCUUUGGAGUCAAAGCGACUUUAAGAUGUACGCUGCGGAGCUUCUCGACAUGCUGCCGUCCGAGAUUUCAGGGGCUUGUUCGACAGAUGAUUCGCGAGACAUUGAGCCUGAGGAAAAGGAAUUGUGCAACCUUUCUUUACAGCCGUUUUCCACACAUACAAACUUGGACCAUGCAUCUACUGUGAACGAGGGGAAUGCCACCUGUAAUUGCUCCAAAUCGGUCUUCUCGGGGAACGAUGAAUUAAUUGAAUUCUUCUUGCCACGGUUAGGAAUGGCUUGCACUUGUAGCAAAGGGUUGCAAAGCUUGAAUUAUCCCAGUGAACCAGAAUCCCUUGCUAAUAUUUUGAGACCAUGGCAAGUUGCCUACUUGGGAGACUUUGGUAUACAUCGUGGAGAUCAGCUUGUGAAGGCCCACCACAGGAGUGCUGAUGCAUUGGCAAGCGCGAUGCGCCAGUACCGUCGAGACCACGGGUUGACACCUUUCCGUACGAAAAGCUGCGGGAUGGCUCUUUCCAUUUGGGCGAAGACUGCAAAAACAUACAUUCGAUCAGUUCGGAAACAAACGACAGCACAUGGGGAAGUAGCUUGGAAUCUGCCCAAUACUCUUUACAUCCUCAGCUCCUUCCUGGAAAAAAAUCCAGGGAAUUCGGGGAGGCUGUCCUCCCCCAUAGAUCAGUUUGAGGCUGAGAGCAACGAUGGAUCACCAUCAGAAUUUAGUUGCAUUUAACUGUAAGUCAAUAAAAGUAACAUAUAGCAGAAGAAGUGACAUUAGUG